AUGGGAGGGGCCACUUUUCAAAACACCUCGCCUGCCUACCGUAACAACAACAACGGAGUCUAUGGCAGUCCUACCGAAUCCGAGUUCUCUGACUCUUCCAGAAUGUCUGAUACAGUAAAAAACUGGGACGAACAACGUGUUGGCGAAUGGUUGGUCAGUAUCAACUGCGGUCAAUAUGUUGACAUCUUCAAGAAUAACAACAUCACUGGCGAGAACCUUAUGGACAUGGAUCCUGCUACGUUAAAAGAGAUGGGUGUCAACAAGAUCGGCGACCGAGUCCGCAUUGGCUCCCAGGCCAAGCUAUUCAGAACAACCGUAUACAGGAAGACGAGCAAGCGGAACAUGAACAGGCUCUCCCUGGCUACACUCGACGGCAACGCCCAAGCAAAUGCUCCCCCAGCCUCAUCGCCGCGCGAGCGUGCCGUACUCUCCACUACUCGAACACAACCCCCUCCUACCUCUCUUCGCGACAAACGCCUCUCUCGUCGCAUCGAUGGCCAAGACCUCGCAAAAGCAAACUCUCGCCCGUCUUCACCAUUGAUAGACCAAGAAAACCGCUCUCGCGCUCCCAUGCAAAAGAGCAACAGCACACCAUAUCUUCCCAAGCCAUCGCAGAGGCUUACUCCUGGUGAAACCCCUCCACGCUUCGCUGGUCCGGUCGCCGGUCACAUACGCUCAAGCCCCAGCGUCGACAACCUCGCCACAUACAGCAGCGCCCUACCUGCUGACAAGGCUCUGAUCCGUGUCAUCUUUGACAGUGGUCGCUCCUCUAUGAUCAACAUUGAAGGUUGUGAGACUGCUGACGACAUUGUUCUCAAGACUCUUAAGAAGGGUGCUCUCAACGAAAACCACGUCAAGAACUUUUGCUUCUACCUUCUUGAUGGCUUCAAUCCUGAUCCAAAGUAUUGUCGCCGCUUGGGUGAUACUGAGCUGCUUCGUAUUUGCAACGAUCGCGUACGUGGUGAGAGAGGUCGUCUCAUGCUCCGCAAGAUCCAUGCUGGAGAGCCUGAAGGGGAGCAGCUGCGCAUCGCCGCCAAAAUCGCCGAAAAGGAAGCCCCCUCGCCUCCUGCAAUCGAGGUACAGCAACCAAUCAACAAGUCAAAAUCCCACCUCAAGAUCGAGCAGCUCAUUGGCGAGCCUUUGGCUGCUGUCAGCUACCCAAUGUCUCCUGCCUCAUUGCUCGAACGUGAGAGAAACUCAUACUUCGCUGCUCAGCCCGCCAUCAGCACUGCCGGUGCCAGAGCACGCAAACUCAAGGAGUUCUAUGGCGCUCGCCCACCCACCGAGCUCAUUACUCAGGACCUCACCUCGUACUUCCCGGACAUCGAGAAGGAAGAGAUGGACAAGACCGUGCGCAUGUCAAUUCGCCGCUCACGCAGACUUAGUAGAGCUGCCAAUCGCCUGAGUACUAUGAGUAGCUUCAGCGUUGCCUCGAGCCUUAAAGAUGCUCCUCCACUUCCCACCAUUGCCGACAGCUGGUUGAACUCCGCCAAUCAGCCCAAACCUCUUCGUCCUCUUUCAGUCGUUCGUCUUGGUCGGCCAGUAUCCAAUUACCGCGACUCGAUCACAUCAUCUGUACUUGAGCCCCUAGAUGAGGAGUCGCCUUUGGAACCCAACCGCAAAUCUUACGUCUCUUUCGGUGCUGACAGCGGAUCUGACUCGACGGAUCGCAAUGUUGCUGUAACUGAUCCAGAAGGUAACACCAUCAUGCAGAGCUACUUUGACGAUACCGGUAGCACCAGCCCAGCCAACACCGAGAAUGGCGGAUCUCUCAACUCUCGUCUCAGUCAGGUCAUUGCCGAAGACGGUGAAGAAUCUGACGAUGAGCUGAUGGAACACCUCGAAAAUGAUAGCUGGGAGAACCUGAAGUACAUGAAGGGUGCCAUGAUCGGACAAGGCUCUUUCGGCACUGUUUACCUUGCCCUUCACGCUAUUACUGGUGAGCUCAUGGCUUGCAAGCAAGUUGAAAUGCCCUCUUCCUCCGGCACACACCUCGACGCCAAGAAAAACAACAUGGUAGAGGCUUUGAAGCGCGAGAUUGGACUCUUGCGCGAGCUUAAGCAUCCCAACAUCGUGCAGUACCUCGGAUCCAACUCGGAUGACUCUCAUCUCAACAUUUUCCUUGAGUACGUCGCUGGUGGCUCAGUUGCUACGAUGCUCGUCAACUACGGCUCUCUUGGUGAACCCCUGAUUGCCAACUUUGUCAGGCAAAUCCUCUCUGGUCUUGCAUACCUCCACUCCAAGGACAUCAUCCAUCGCGACAUCAAGGGCGCCAACAUCCUCGUCGACAACCACGGCAGCGUCAAGAUUAGUGAUUUUGGUAUCAGCAAACGCGUUGAGGCCUCAAGUCUUCUCGUCCCACCCACCGGCAAACGUACGGGUCCCCGUGUUUCGCUUCAAGGCUCCGUCUUCUGGAUGGCACCUGAAGUCGUCAAGCAGACCGCCUACACCCGCAAAGCAGACAUUUGGUCCCUUGGCUGUCUCAUCGUCGAAAUGUUCACUGGUGUGCAUCCUCAUCCCAACUGCACUCAACUGCAAGCCAUCUUUAAGAUCGGAAGCAGUGCGGCACAAGCUCGUCCAGACAUGCCUGAACAGGCCAGCGAGAAUGCCAAGUUCUUCCUCGAGCGCACAUUUGAGAUUGAACAUGAGAAGAGACCUUCGGCUGACGAGUUGCUGGGCUAUGCUUUCUGUGCGCCCAAGGAGCCUGGAUCUGCUUGA